AUGGCGAGCUCCUCGCUGCUCCCCUCCGCCUUCCUCGGGCUGCUCCUGCUGCAGUCCUCGUCCACCUGCAGCGCCCGCGCGGCGGAGGAGACGGCGGUGCUGACGCUGAACGCAGGCAACUUCUCGGAGGUGGUCGCUCCGCACCAGUUCAUCGUCGUCAAUUUCUACGCACCCUGGUGUUACUGGAGCAAGAAACUAGCCCCAGAGUACGAGAAGGCCGCGUCCAUCCUGCGCAAUCAUGACCCGUCGAUCGUUCUCGCUAAGAUUGACGCCAGCGGCAAGAACAAUAAGGAUCGCAGAGAGAAGUGGCGCGUUCUUGGGUACCCAACUAUCAAGUUCUUCAGGAACGAAGGGAGGACUGUGCAAGAAUAUGUAGGUGCGAGGGAUGCAGAGAGCAUAGUGCAAUAUCUGAAGAAACAAUUGGGUUCAGACUCUACUAAAAUUAGGUCGGCAGAGGAUGCUGCGAGUUCGAGCACCGAUGACAAUGACAAGGGCAAGGUUGAUGGUACAUUGGAAUCAUAUCAUGAGUCAGAUCCAAUUCCAGCACUUAACAAUCAAUCUAUUAAAAAAGUCACUCCAAACAACCUGAGGGAUGUUAUUUUCAAUUCUGCCAAGAAAGAAAAAGUUAUGCUUAAGUUGAGGGAAUGGAUGAAACGGGUAUGCCAGAUCCUGAUAGCAACGAUUAUGGAGAUCUUCACCAAGCAUGGGUGA